CUCUUAUUUGUUUUCUUGUUAAAAAUAAUCCCACGAUGACAAGCAGCAUGAUACAACAGGAACUUGUAAAGCUUUUGCUUGGAGCCAAAAAGGCAUUUUCUCAAGGAAGAGACAUGUGCAAUCAAGCGAAUAUUCAUCAACAGAGUGCAGAAAAGUAUAUUGAAACCAUUGAGAAGCUGCAUCCUAAAUUAGUGUUUGUGGAUAACCACAUUGUGGUUCAGUUACAUGUAUUGGAUAAAAUGAGGGAAUAUUUGGAGUCUCAAACGGAAGCCUGUAAGAACAGAAUUAAGGACCGUGAAAGCAAAUUGCAGAGUUUGACGAUAGAAUUGACCACCAUUUUCCAGCUGUUAAAGAAUUGCGUGAUCGAUAAAGAUAUUUUAAAAGUAAAUGCUGAAAGAGGAGGAAAUCAGAAUGAAGUGACGUUAUUUGACUAUAUCUCUGAUCAAGAGAUUAUUGAACUGCAACGGCAAGCUGAUGAUGAAAUUGGUGAGAUUGAGACCAUUCAUAAUUCGUUACAAAAUCAAACAAGAAAUCUGUCUUCUGUUAUACAAGAAUUACAGUUAGCCAGAGAAAACGCAUUAUCCAUCUCUCUUGGUGAAUCUAUCUCGGGGUUCGCCAAUGAGAAAAUACAAUUACAGGAAGAAGAGUCUUUAAAGAUGGCUGAUAUAUUGACGAGUUUAAUGAAGCAUUAUGAUCAAGUGCAAGAAGCAACCAGAAUAUCCCAAUUGGGCCCUGAAGGAUGUGAGCAAUUGGAUAUUACAGUCUUAAAGACAGAUGACGAUCAUUUGCCUAAUAUCACCGAGGAAUUAAAGAUUGGAUUGGAUGUGGUUAUAUCUAUCAGUGAAGAGAUUUACGACCGAAUGCAAGUGUAUUUACAUGUGAAGGAUGAAUUAAUAAAGGUUUUGAACCAAUUGGAACAUUUUGGCACGGGAGGACAAGCCGAUGCAAUGUAUGAUAAAUUAGUGACGACCGAAUUAGAUAUCAAGGAGAGAGAAGAUGACUUGGACGAGUUCUUUGAUCAGUUAAAAUCAUUGGCCGAGUGGUAUCGUUGUUACGCUUCUUCUUAUAAUUUCUUGCUAUUGGAAAUAGACCGAAGAAAAAGAUCCCAGGAGAAACAGGAGGCCUUGAAGACGGACUUGUUAAAAUCAUUUGAAACCGCGUAUAACGAUGAGCUGCAAGAACGGAGGUCGUGGUCUGCACAACACGGUCAAUAUUUGCCCGAGGCGUUAUGUCCAUUUAUCAAUGAUGCUCCUUCGGUCCUAACUGUCGAAUUGCAAAGUGAUCCUUCCGCAAGAUUGCCUGAUUUAUCGCGUAGUAGUGUUGAUAAGGCUUUGUCCGAGAUUCAUAAUGACCAUCCAUAAAACUGAGUGUGUGUGUGUGUAUGUGUAUGUGUGUGUGUGUGUAUGUGUAUGUGUGUGUGUGUGU